AUGCUGGCACUUGAUGAGUACUGCCAACGAGUAUCUAUCGGACGAGUAUUGACAGUAUGCUCGCUCUUUCCCUUGGGCCCAUUACUGGUCAUCGUGCUCACGGAAUUUAUGCCUUUGCAGCCCGUGGAAAAGGGGCCUCUAACAAAUUACGUCUUCUGGAUACGACAUACUCUAAUGGGGAUUUUGAUAUUGAUGUGCGCCAUGAUGCAGGCGAAAGCUUGGAUUCCUGAUAUGGCGAUGACGAUUCAGCAGGUUCUUGCUGUGGCGAUUGGCUCUUCAGCAGUGUACACGGCGUCGAAUAUCGUAAUCGCAGAUUUGUGGGUUUUCCCGAUUCCUUUUCUCGUGGUGGCAGGUGCACCGUUGAUGUUCAUCAUCUGGGCGAUUAUAAGUCGAAUAGUGCUAAGACCGUGUCCGUUGGAAGGCGUACAAGACGGAGAUUUCCGUGGACGUCAGUUUUUGCUGCUAACUUCUGUGCACGCGUCACUGUUGGGACUUUAUCCAGCAUACCAAGCCGUUUUUCUCGCGCUGGAGGGGCUAUUACAGCUAGGAAUGAUCGCACUACUACCUGCAAUUAACCUCGCGCUGAAAAAUCUCCAGACAGCGAUCGGGUCGCACCUGGAAGAUAAUUUACCGGAAGUUAUUAUCUUCAGUAUCGACGUCUUCAGUGCCAUCUACUCCGUUCUCUGUAUGCACAGCGCAAACUCGAUGAAGAUGGUCGCAAUUACGAUGGUUUUAAACACGACGGUCAUGUUUCUAUCGCUGCAUGGGAUGAACCGUCGAGUCGCACGAGCCUGUCGGUCCUUCCAGUUGAUGGAGCGCCAACUAGAAAAACUCCGCCGACGACAAUCCGUUCUCGACUCUGUGAUUACUACGGCCGGCAACCCGGCGCUACUUAGCACUCUAGUGGAUACGAUGCUAAGGUUACUACAAGCACCGGGGCAGCUGGACACUACUGAGCUUCAAGCCAUUCGACUGUACUCGGGUAUGCCGCUGCAGCUCUCCGAUACAAAUGUUGCCUUACUCGAUAGUCUGGCAGCUCGAUCAGUGUACAAUAACAGUCGACGGACCACUGAGUCGGUGUCGGUAGCUCGGAUGAAAGAACGGUACUCGUCUGCAGCGAUGGAGGGGCGACCUCUUCGAGCCUCGGAAAUACCGAUACCUGCACCGUCUCAUUCAAUCAUAGUUCGACGGCUUCGAGGGGCUGCGCUGGUAAUUCCAACUACCAGAUGGUUAAGCUCACGGAUCAGCACGCGAACGAAGACUUCGGAGAAGCUACUACCGCUCGUGUCGAAGAACAACCCCGUUAUCGGGGUUGUACUGGAUGAAACUCGAAAACAGAAUACCCGGGCCAUUAAGCAGACACUUCAGCUGCUGUUUAACAACGAGUACAUCGGACUGAUUGCGUAUACGCAGUGUAUUAUACCUGUGCUGUAUCUGCUGUACAUGCCUGCGCUGCAAGCGAUGCCUAAUCACGUAUACUACCCGACGCAUUAUCGAUAUUUUGGAGACGCGAUCGAAUUCGAGGAGCGGAUGACGGUGGUCGGUAUUCUCGCGCUGUUGCAGCUGCUCGUGCUCGUGUCGCUGCAAGUUAUUGUGAUGAAACGCUUCGGUAUCUCGACAAUUUACCAGGUGGCGUUCGUGUUAGAGUCCCGGUUUCUUUUGCUGCAGGGUCGAGUCUUGAUGUGGCUUAUAUUUGCAGUGCAGUCGACGCUUGUACACUACGGUAGGUUUCGUCUGCUUCAACAAUUUAGCUCUGUUUUUGAGGGGUCUGAUGUGUAUUGAAUUAGGUGUUGAUUAUACUUUUCACUUCGACUGGCUCAAGAAAUGAGAACCGAUAGUCUAGAUAGGAUCUUACUUAGGGGAAUAACCAAUGGAUCAAAGCUGGA